UAUUGCGCAGGUGAAAGAAGGCAGAUCAAGAUAGUGAUUUACCUUUUUUCUCAUUCUUUGUGCUACGGUAAGCUAACUGUUUCUCUGCUAAAAGUCUUUGUGUUGCACUGAAAGGUUUCCUUUAGAGCUAAGAUAAUGGUUUCCCCCCACCUCUUGGUCCUUGUGCUAAGGUAGGUUAUCAGUUUCCCCUGCUGUCAAGUGGAAAAAACACAGUUUCUUACUGGUUUGUUUUAAUGCUAUGCUAGCAGUUUCCCCCUGCUUCAUGCCUUCUGCUAAGAUAAUAUUUGUGUCAAGUUAAGCAAAUGGUUUCUCUCUGCUCAGUCUUUGUGCUAAAUUAAUAAUUUUCCUCUACUCCCAGUCUCUGUACUAAGCUAGUAGUUUUCCUCUGCUCUGGUCUCUGUGAUAAGCUAUGGAAGUGGUCUCACUCUUCACAAGCCUUUGGGGAUCUCCAGUCUUCCCAGACCAAGCUAAUCCGCUCCGCCCCUCUUCCUGAGUCCUCAGAGAGGAGCUGCAACCAGACCGAGCGGAGACUGAAGGCUGCUGGAAAGCUCCUAAACUGCCUGUCUUCAUUGCGGCUUCCUGCCGCCACCUCCUCCUCUCACCCUCUUUCCAGGCGAGGCACAGUGCAUCUCAAACGAGCCCACUGAUUGGAUGACAAUCUUUUUGAUGCUCUGAUUGGCUGACAGGAUAGACGUCUCUAUCUCUAGAAGAUGUUGUCUUCUCCCCCUGCCACCUCCUCAUCUUCAUCUCUGGCCUCUCACAGAGUGACCUCUGACCCCCGGCAUGUUACCAUGGAAACCUACUGGAGGGAGGUGCAGAGCAUUGAGGAGGAAAAGGAGGGAGAAGAAGAAGACGAGGAGAAGAGUAUGGAUGAGGUGGAGCUGGAGGAGGUGUGGCUGACAGAGGCAGGAUUAUCCUCUCUGGUGACGGGCUUGUCAGAGGAGGAGGCACCACUGCCGCCGGCGGAGGCACUAUUAUCCACAUUGACACGGCAACAAGUCGCCACAGUGAAGAAGAGACUGGACAACUACAAUGAGACGCUGAGGAAGAGAAACAGGCAACCAAUCAGAGAUGUCCGUGACAUCUUCACUCAACCUGACCAUGACUCAGCAGACAGAAGCCCCUCCCCUCCCCCUCCCCACGCAGAGUCACAGCCAAGUCGAUACCACACCACCACCAAGACCAUCCGCCGAAACACACACAGAGUUCGACCGACCCUUCCUGCAUUUUUCUUUGAGGAUGAACUCCCUGGACAUCCACACACACGCUCUCCGACUCUCAGCCCCUCCCCUCCUCACACACUCUUACAACCUGGCAGUCAGUCCAGAAGAGCUGAUUGGCUGCUGCGGGAUUCUCCAUACUCAGAGGGUGUGGCCAAUCACAAACUCGGCAGUGCCUGUUGGGACUGUCUGUGUUUCCAUGGGGAUGACAACAGUGACAUGCCUUUCCUACCUGUCGCUCCCUCUCAUGGUCUCACCUGGGCAGAUGACCUGUCAUUAUGUGACCUUGCCCGACUCAGCUUCUUCGCUCACAUCGAGCUCUCCACCUUCCUGCUCGCUCUGGGCAUCCAAACCAAACACACCCGCCUACUGUGCCGCAGGACUCAAGUCGGUGGUGUGUUCGGUGUCCCUCUGAACUCGCUGUUGGAGAACGACAGUAAGAAGUUUCCAGGAGUCAAAGUUCCUGUCAUCUUCCAGAAGUUGCUGUGUAUUUUAGAGCAGACCGGACUGCACACUGAGGGGAUCCUUAGGGUCCCAGGAUCUGCUGCAAGACUGAAGUACCUGCGUAGAGAGUUAGACAGGUGUGUCGGAGGCUUUGACUGGUCUGCAGUGCAACAGGUGGAUGCUGCAGGUCUGCUGAAGCUUUUCAUCCGGGAGCUUCCGAUACCUCUGCUGACACACACACACCUGUCGACCUACCGCUCUGUGCUGGGGAUCUCUUCAGUGGUCCACCAGGUCCAGGCACUGCAGCUGCUGACCUUGUUGCUUCCUGAAGCCCACAGAGAGACGCUCCGAGCCCUGUUAGUCUUCCUGCGUAAGGUGGUCUCUCAUCAGGACCAGAACCGGAUGUCUCUGUGGAAUGUCUCCAUUGUGAUGGCACCCAACCUGUUCACCUGGCGUCACCGUGGCAAUAAGCGCUCCGUCACCAGGCAACGGGAAGAGAUGGAGGAGGCAGUGGGUGGGGCUCACCUGAUCCAGCUCAUGAUUACACAUCAGGACCUCCUGUGGACUGUCCCCACCUUUUUGCUGUCUCAGGUGAGGCAGUUGAACCAGGUGUCUAAUCAGAAACAGUUCAGCCUGAAGACGAAGAAACUGCUACGAAGGAAGGACAAGAAUCAGAUCACGGAGCUGUGUGAAGGUUUGAUCCGGGUCCACGCCCCCCUACACCCCAAGGUCUCCAUGGCAAUACAACUUGACGGACAGAUGCGAGCCAAAGAUGUCACCUCCCGCUUUGAGUGUGAGAACAGUCCAGUCCUGCAUCUCUAUGAGGUCGGAGGAAACAUCUGUGAACGCCGUCUCCAUCCUGACUGUGUUCUCUUGGACACUUACAGAGUCAAUCCUCGCUGUGAUUGGCUGGUCAAACCCUGACACAGACCGUCUCACCACUCUUACCUCUUGUGUCUCACCUGUCUUACUUUCUGACCCAACCUGUAAAAUCAGAUGGCAGUCGAAAGGUGACAUCACAGUAGUUACACAUCAGGAUUCAGGUUGAUCAUUAAAGGAGUUUUAUAUAAAAAAAAACUGAUAUUAUUUGUAUCAACUGUAUUUUGUAGCUGUUGUUACUGAACUUAAUUGUUUUGUCUUUAAUGAACAUUGUUUAUUGUUGAAAUGCUGCUGUAGAAAUGAGCUCAUGUUAAAAACAUAAAAACCUGCUGACUGUA